CAGAAAAGCGGCUUCUAGCGGCGUGCGUGCAGGAAGCAUCUUUAGUUAGGACUAAGUAUGAAGUAUUAUUCAAGCUUUGCAACUCCGUGACAUUUCUGUCGCCGGCCACUCAUUUCCUUGUAGCUUGUGAUUAAAAAAAAAAGUGAAGUAAAGCCCAUUUUCUUGGGAGUUUAUUUCAGUGUGGAAAAUGAAGCCUGCCGCCAGCGGCGCUGCAGAGCCUCCAUCAUCAUCAUCACCACCACCACCACCACCAUCCUCACCGUCAGCAUCUCCGGGGGACAAUAGCGCAGGGAGGAAGCGGCAGCACCGGGCUCCCCCACCGGCUACGACCCACCAAGGGGCCACCAAGCGAGCUCCGCGACGCCCAGCCAGGACGAGGUCCCCCCCGCCCGCGGGAAGGAGCGGAGGACCCAUCGCCGGGCCGAGGGACGGUUUGAGGUCCGCCGACGGAAGGGAGAGGGAGCCCGAGAGCCGCGGCGGCGCAGCUGUUCGCCCGGAUGGUGCUGAGGCUGAGGUAGUCGCGCCGACUAGGGCGGAUGCUGUCGGCGAAGAUCGGACGGAUUCCUCGGCAUCGGCCCGUCGCCCCGCUCUGCGCCUGCCGUGCCUCGGAGGAGACUCCUUGCGGCGUCCGUCGGCGGGCAGAGCAUCGUCUUCGUCGGCGAAGGAAGGGAGGGCACCCGGAGAGGAAGCAGGCCGCGGGGAGAGGAGCGGCUGCGGCUCGGGCCUCGGUUUCCGUCCGUGGAGAGGGGGAUGCUUACAGGCUGAGCUCGCCCAGUUCCACCUGCACAAGAGACUGAGGACAAGCGGGGCGAGCAUGCAAACCAAGGCGGAGGACAUGGGGACCGAGGAGGCCGCCGCGGGGGAGCCGGAGCCGGCUGCAGAGGCGACAGAGGCGGGGUCCGUGACACAGCAGGACGAGGCCUUUGAGGACGAGGUGGAGAGACUGCUGGACGAAAAUGAAGACCUCAAGUGUGAAAUUGAGGAGAUGAGGACCGAGAUGGACGAGAUGCGGGACACGUUCUACGAGGAGGACACGUGUCAGCUGCAGGAGAUGAGGCGUGAGCUGGAGAGGGCCAAUAAAAACUGCCGGAUCCUGCAGUACCGCCUGCGGAAGGCCGAGAGGAAGAGGCUCCGCUACGCCCAGACGGGAGAGAUCGACGAGGAGCUCCUCAGGAGUCUGGAGCAGGACCUGAAGGUAGCGAAGGACGUGUCUGUGAGGCUGCACCACGAGCUGGAAAAGGUGGAGGAGAAGCGCACAAAGACGGAGGAGGAGAACGAGAAACUGAGGCAGAAACUCAUCGAGGUUGAGGUGACCAAACAAGCCCUGCAGAAUGAACUGGACAAAACCAAAGAGUCUCAAAAGAGGAGAGGAAGCAAGGACAUCCAGAAGACCGACAGGAAACCAGCACAGACUCCGACAGAGGAGGACAACGAGGACCUCAAGUGCCAGCUAGCGUUCAUCAAGGAGGAAGCGGUGCUCAUGAGGAAGAAGACGGCCAAAAUUGACAAAGAGAAGGACCGUCUGGAACAAGAGCUGCAGAAGUACCGCUCCUUCUACGGUGAGCUGGACAGCACCCACCCUAAAGGAGAGGCCGGGGGUCCGCCCACCACCCGGGAGUCCGAGCUCAAGCUGCGGCUUCGCCUGGUGGAGGAGGAGGCCAACAUCCUGGGGAGGAAGAUAGUCGAGUUGGAGGUGGAGAACCGCGGCCUGAGGGCGGAGCUCGACGACCUCCGCGGCGAAGCGGAGGGCUCCGGGGGCUCCGGGUGCGGAGCGAUGGGCGGCGCCGGCUCGGAUCAGACGGAGCUCCGACAGCAGCUGCAGCUGGUGGAGGAUGAGGCCGAGCUGCUGAGGAGGAACCUGGCCGACGUCGAGGACCAAAACAAGAGAGUGACCACCGAGCUGAACAAGCUGCGCUUCAAGGCCCACGAGGGCGGCGGCCGCCACGGGGGCGGAGCGGCGGGCGGAGGGGUUGAUGCGGCAAAGGCAGAGGCCCUGCAGGAGGAGUUGAAGGCAGCAAGGCUGCAGAUUAACGAUCUAAGUGGCAAGGUGAUGCAGCUGCAGUACGAGAACCGCGUGCUGCUCUCCAACAUGCAGCGCUACGACCUGGCCUCCCACCUCUCCCUGAGGGCCAGCCCGCGGGACAGCGACGCGGAGAGCGACGCCGGCGGCCGGCGGGAGAGCGACGAGGACUCCAACUCCUCCCGCCUCGUCCCCCCGCACCGCAAACGCGAGGGCCCCGUGGGCGGCGAAAGCGACUCGGACGAGGUCAGGAACAAUAACGGGAGCAGCCGCUGCCUGACGCCCACCCGGGGCCUCUACACCCCGACCGGACCCGAGGGCGCCGCCGCCUCCUCCUCCUCCUCCUCCUCCUCCGCCUUGGCCCGCUUCCUGCCCGGCGGCCGGUGCGGCCUGCGCGAGAGGCAGCACGUGACGGACAUCCGCGCGGAGGCGGAGAGGCUCGCCCGGACCGUGGACCGGCUCAUCGCCGACACGGCCGCCGUCAUCUCGGAGGCGAGGGUGUUCGUCUCCAACGGCGACCUGAUGUUCGGGAGGGGAGGGGAGGACGGCGGAGAGGAGGACGGGAGCAGGAUCAGGGAACACGAGCUGCUGUAUCGCAUUAACGCCCAGAUGAAGGCCUUCCGCAAGGAGCUGCAGACCUUCAUCGAGCGGCUGGAGGUGCCGAGGCUCGAGGACAGGGGCGACGAGGAGCCGCUGUCGAUGUUCCAGCCUAUAAUUUUGCUCAUCCUCAUACUUGUGUUAUUCUCGUCCCUCUCCUACGCCACCAUCUUUAAACUAGUCUUUCUUUUUACUCUUUUCUUUGUUCUGUGAUGUACGCAUCCCUUUAUUCACGUCAUCCCUUGUUUUUUUUUGUUGUUUUUUUUGUUUGGCUCUGUUGUUAUUCUUUCCUCCCUGCAUCAUUUGUUGCCAAGGUAACCAAAAGCACAGAAAAGGCGCAGCAUUUCCAAAGGCUGCAGUCGCAUUCAAGAGAGUGCGAGUCAACACUGGAGUCCACAUUAUCCAUAACACAUCACCGGCCACAUCUGUCCCCCAAGACGCCAACACAAAAUUGGACAAAAGCCUUCUAUCAUAGCCUUCUAUCUCCUUCCAUUGCUGAUGAGGACCAUGAGAUAAGGCGGAGAUAAGAACCCUGCAAGCCAGUUCCCAAGCCAUCGAUUCCCUCCGACCCUCUGUGACCCCUGACAGGA